UAGAGAGACGAGGUAGUAGCUGAGAGCGAGAGAAUUAAGCAGAGAGAGACCAUUCCCCUCGUCAUCUCCUCAUCUUCAAGUCACCGAUCGAUCGCCUCGGCUGGCAAAGCUAGCUGGAGCGGAGUAGCUAGGGCCGGAUGGGGCGGGGCCGCAGUACUUGGCCGGCCGAUUCCCAGCUGUACCCGUGCCGGGGUGCCGACACCACCACCCGUCCACUCGAUCCGUCGCCCCGGCCGGCCGCUGCCGCAUGCGUCGCCGUACGUCGUACGUGCUGCGCCACUGAUCCGGCCGGUCGACUCAGCUGACAGAUCGAUAGAGCUAGCUAGCUUUGGCCGACCGGGAGUGCUCGUGAUCGAGCUCGAUCGCGAGCGAUCUGGUGUUAUAUAAGGGCGACGAGUGUGGUGGUCGGGCUAUCUAUCUCGGUGGUGGUGCAAGUGCGGCGCGGCCGGCCGGGGAAAGAAAUUAAUCCUGGCCGGGGAGGGAGCUUAAUUGGCGGCGCGCGGCGGCGAGAGGUAGGAGACGGACAUGAGCCGGGGGAGAGGGGACCCGCUGGUGCUGGGGAGGGUGGUGGGCGACGUGGUGGACCCGUUCGUGAGGAGGGUGGCGCUGCGGGUGGUGUACGGCGCGCGGGAGGUGACCAACGGGUGCGAGCUCAGGUCGUCCGCCGUCGCCGACCAGCCCCGCGUCGCCGUCGGCGGCCCCGACAUGCGCACCUUCUACACCCUGGUGAUGGUGGAUCCGGACGCGCCGAGCCCCAGCGACCCCAACCUCAGGGAGUACCUGCACUGGCUGGUGACCGACAUCCCGGCAACCACAGGGGUUUCUUUUGGGACGGAGGUGGUGUGCUACGAGAGCCCGCGGCCGGUGCUGGGGAUCCACCGGCUGGUGUUCCUGCUGUUCGAGCAGCUCGGCCGGCAGACGGUGUACGCGCCCGGGUGGCGCCAGAACUUCAGCACCCGCGACUUCGCCGAGCUCUAUAACCUCGGCCUCCCCACCGCCGCCGUCUACUUCAACUGCCAGAGGGAGUCCGGCACCGGAGGUAGAAGAAUGUGACCUAAUUUCCUAUCAUCAUCUUUCUUUAUCUCUAAGUACAUAAAUGCUAGCUCUCUCUUCGGUUUCCAAGUGUAAUUUCCGCUGCUCUUUCUUGAGAGAGUUUCUGUCCCCCAUGUGUUCCUCUCCUGCCAUUAUUAAUUGAAAUAUUAAUUGAAAUGCUACAAGUCCGAUCGAUAUAUAUAAGUGAUGCACUGGUUUCAAUAUAUGAUGAUUUACAGGCGAUCGAAUAAAGUCAUUUU